AUGCCAAAUACCCUGUUUGCCGAUAUGAUUCAAUGGCAGUGUCCUUGCUGGCAAUUUGUGUGCGGCGGGGUGCUCACAUUUGUACUUUUGUACUUUGUGAUUGAUUCUGUCCUGGCAAGAAGAGAUAUUGCCAAAUUGCCUGGUCUACCCCCUGUUGGCACCCCAUGGGCCUUCACACCACGAAUCGUGUCCAACUCGCUGUUUGCAUGGGACGCGGCCUCGCUCUUGCAGAGGGGUUACCGUCGCUUCAAAACGCGUGCAUUCCAGCUGGUGCAAAAUGACAAGAAUGUGAUCGUGCUGCCGCUUUCUGUCCUUGAAGAGCUCGUGGCGAUUCCCCCGACUGUGGCCAGCCCCCAUGGUGGGCUUGAAAAUGAUCUCCUCGGCUCCUACACGGGACUGGAGCUAGUUCUUGAGAGCAGGCUUCACCAUUCCAUUAUCCAGCGUAAGCUGACACCGAGACUCGGAUUGGUGACACCCGGGCUGGAAAAGGAGCUCUGCAACGCACUCGCAGAAUGUCUCCCGAACAGCGAGGAUUGGGUUGUUUUCCAACCCUAUCAGGCUUUUAGCAAGGUUUCAGCCAGAUUCUCCUCCCAGGCAAUUACUGGUCCAGCAUUUUCGCACAAUGAAGAAUGGCUGAAUCUCGGGGUCGAAUAUGUUGAAUCCCUGUUCCAGACUAUUGUCUGCCUCCGCUUUCUUCCACCGUGGACGCGUCCGGUAGCCUGCUGGCUUCUACCUCCAUAUUGGUACUGCAAUGGAUACCUCCGCAGGGCAAAGCAGCUCCUCGGCCCAAAAAUACAGGAACUCCUCGCCGAAAAUGACGCCGGGCGUUUUGUCCCUCAGGACAAUGACGAGCAGCACAUAAACGUCCUUAGCUGGCUCAUUGACUCCGCCCGCGGGAAAGACCGCAACCCUGCCACCAUCUCCCACGUCAUGGUCAUCCUAGCUCUGGCGUCGGUGCACACGGUCCUUUUGCGCAUAGUGAAUAUCAUAUACGACGUCACAGCACACCCGGAGCUGCUGGACGAGCUGCGCGCCGAGAUCGACUCCGUGGCCAGGGACUGGCGGGACGCGCCUUAUGACAGGCUGCACAAGCUCGACAGCGUGCUGAUCGAGUCGCAGCGCACAUCCCCACCAACGACCACGGGGCUGAAACGAAUCUUCCGCGCCCCGUACACUUUCCAGAAUGGGUUGCACAUCCCCAAGGGCUCCUACGUGUGCAUGCCAAUAUACGCCAUCGAGAACGACCCUGCGCACACCGCGGACCCUGAGGUGUUUGAUGGGCUGCGCCAGUACCGUCUGUCCGCGAAGCAAGAAGGCUCAGGGGUUGAGGGCAAGGGCAAGACCUUGACAUUCAGCUCGACCACGCCCACGAGACUCAACUUUGGAUACGGCCGAGCCGCCUGUCCGGGGAGGUUCUUUGCCGAGCUCGAGCUGAAGAUGCUGUUUGUCAAGCUGCUCUGCGAGUACGAAUUCAAGUUCCUCCCGGGGGCCGGAAGACCUGCCAAUAUGAUGUUACACGAAUUCCUGUUCACGUGGCCGUGGACCAAAAUGUACAUCAGACGGCGGAAGUCUGGUGCCGCUCCCUUUUGA